AUGUCAUCGUGGAAGACGCCAGAGAUCGGUGAACGUCCUGUUGUCGUCCUAGGAGCUGGUGUUCUUGGACGUCGAAUUGCAUGCUCCUGGGUAGCUGGUGGUUAUAACACAAUAAUCAGGGAUCCCAGUACUGAACAGAGCAAGGCUGCCAUACACUUCAUUGACAACAAUGUUGCCGAAUUUGCGAAGAUUCUUGGGGUCACUGCUGCAAAGCCGGCCAAGUAUAGUGCGGUCGAAGACCUCGGCGCCGCUGUUGCAAAUGCAUGGUUUGUAGUUGAGGCAGUACCGGAGAAGCUGGACUUGAAAAUUGCUAUAUUCAAGGACCUUGCGCUGAAAGCGCCCAGAGACUGUAUAUUGGGUUCUAAUUCAUCGUCCUACAAAUCAAGCAUGAUGCUGGAUCAGGUGGAUGAUGAAAGCAAAGGGCGAGUUUUAAACGUCCACUACACCAUGCCUGCAGCGACACGGACUGUGGAGUUGAUGACGAGCACUUACACACACGAAGCAAUUUUCCCCUUCCUUGUCGAGCAUCACAAGAGGGUAGGGCUAUUGCCAGCAGUGGCACGCAAGGAAUCGACCGGAUUUAUUUUCAACCGUCUCUGGGCCGCAAUCAAGCGCGAAACUGUGAAGAUUAUUGCCCAGGGUGUCAGUGACCCAGAGGAAAUCGAUACUUUGUGGGCCGAGAUGUUUGGGCAUGAAAAGCCAGGCCCGUGCGCAAUGAUGGACUCAGUUGGCCUUGAUACUGUUGCAUUUAUCGAGGACAACUAUAUUCAAGAGCGUCACCUUGAUGGUACUGACACUGUUGAUUUCCUUAGAAAGAACUACAUCCAGCAGGGAAAGUUGGGUGCCAAGUCUGGCAAAGGUGGCCUCUAUCCACCUGGAUAUACCACCAAAAUCCAACGCCAAGGUGAAACUAAACCGGAUAAUCUGGCUGCUCCCACAAUCUACCUAUUAGACCUAGGCUUUGGUGAGGGGAUUCACACCGACUUUAUUCAUGCUGGCAGAGUCAUCGUUGCCUCAGCCGACGGUAGUUAUUCACGGACUCUAUUGGACCAUCUUGAAAUGCCAGAUGGAAUUGACAUCAGUCUCUCCCGUGGCCGCAUCUUCUGGACGCAGAUGGGAAUCCCAUCAAAGAACAACGGAUCCGUUCAAUCUGCAAACCUUGAUGGUUCGGACAUUAGAGAAAUCAUUCCCAGGGGUCAGGUCCAUACUCCUAAGCAGCUGGCCAUCGACCAUAUGAAUGAAAAAAUAUAUUUCUGUGAUCGCGAGGGAAUGCGAGUGCAUCGGGCCAAUUUUGACGGCAGUGAGCACGAGAUAGUCAUUCAAACAGGCGAUUUGAAUAUUCAACAACAAAUGGAGGACGAAACCAGAUGGUGUGUUGGGGUUUGCGUGGAUGCCACCCGUGGCAAAUUCUACUGGUCUCAAAAAGGGCCUAGCAAAUCCGGCAAAGGUCGCAUUUUCCGUGCUAAUAUUGAUAUAGGCCCCGGCGAAAGUGUGUUGACUCGUUCUGACAUUGAAUUAUUAUUUGAACAUCUGCCCGAGCCUAUCGAUCUUGAGAUCGAUGCUGAUGACAACAUGCUCUACUGGACCGAUAGAGGAGAGUAUCCCCAGGGGAACUCGCUCAACCGGGCGCUUGUCGGCCCUCCUGGCCCAAAGAAUGCGGAGAUCCUUAGCCGUCAUCUUCAUGAGGCCAUUGGUCUUCGAAUUGACCAUGUGAAUAAGCACAUUUAUUAUACAGACCUCGGAGGAUCCGUGUAUCGAUCAGAUCUGAAUGGAACGAACAAGAAGACCCUGUGCAACGUGGGUGCCACCUUUACCGGUAUUGCACUGGCCCAUGUGGGAUAA